CAGGCCCCGCCCCGCAGCCAUAAAAGCGCCUGCUCGGCUCUGCUCUGGGAGGUAAAACUUUCCGAUCCGGCGGCUCCGGCAUCCAGGGUCCAGUCUGCGACCGCCGGUCCAGACUUGGAGGCUGGCUCAACACCGGUGACUUCACGUGUGACCGCCCACCACAUCUGUAGUCACAUCAUGCCACCUUUGCCAUGAAAUCCACACCUCGGCAACGUCUGUGGCCAUAAGUCUCCAGCCCGCACGUGACCGCCUUCAACACCUGUAACACCUGGGUCAUACCUGUGACACCUGACCACUACCUGCGGUCACUGCCCCGACACCUGGGACCACAAGCCCGCUCACCCGAGGGCUCGGCCGGCGGGGUCUGCGGAGGGAUGGCCUUAGCCCCCGAGAGGGGGGCCCCGCGCGUGCUCUUCGGAGAGUGGCUACUGCGAGAGGUCGGCAGCGGCCGCUACGAGGGGCUGCGGUGGCUGGACGCGGCCCGCACGCACUUCCGCGUCCCCUGGAAGCACUUCGCGCGCAAAGACCUGGACGAGGCAGACGCCCGCAUCUUCAAGGCCUGGGCCGUGGCACGCGGCAGGUGGCCGCCCAGCAGCAGCGGGGCCGCGGGGCCACCCUCCGAGUCCCGGGAGCGCGCCGGCUGGAAAACCAAUUUCCGCUGCGCCUUGCGCAGCACCCAACGCUUCCUGAUGGUGCAGGACAACUCCGCGGACCCUGCCGACCCGCACAAGGUGUAUGCGCUCAACCCCGCACAGGGGUGGGGAGAGGAUCCACGCUGUGGUGGGGCGGCAGCAGCGGCCCUGGCAGAUGUUCCAUCGGCGAGGGGGCUGCUUGCACCAUUCCCUGGAGGACAUGCUGGUGAGAGGCCGGAGCUCGGCCCAGGUUGGGGUGGAGCCACAGGGCCGAGCCCUGAGCCCUGCAAUUCAAGCCCUGCUCCUGCUCCAGCUGGGGACACUGACGACCUCUUGCACCAAGCUCCGCAGCAGAGCUGCCUCCAGGAACACCUGCUGGCAGCAGUCUGGGGGCUGGACCCAGCCCCACAGCUUCCUGGCCCAGCACUUGAGGCCGGGGCGCUGCACUCAGCCCUGCAGCAGGCCCUGACGACACACGAAGGGAGGGGGCUGCUGGGCGAGGUGCUAGCCCCAGCCCUGGAGCCUGCACAGGAGGUGGGGCCCAGCCUGCUGCCAGCCCCAGGGCCCCAGGCUGAGCCUGGCCCCCACAUCUGCACCCCACCCUCAGAGCCCGGCCUGGCCCUGGACGUGACCAUCAUGUACAAGGGCCGCACGGUCCUCCAGGAGGUGGUGGGGCGGCCCAGCUGUGUACUCCUCUACGGACCACCCAGCGGGCCCCCCGAGGCCGCAGCCCCGCAGCUCGUGGCCUUCCCCAGCCCCGCGGUGCUUCCGGACCAGAAGCAGCUGCGCUACACGGAGGAGCUGCUGCAGCACGUGGCCCCCGGCCUGCAGCUGGAGCUGCGCAACUGCAGCCUGUGGGCCCGGCGCCUGGGCAAGUGCAAGGUCUACUGGGAGGUGGGCGGCCCCCUGGGCUCCGCCAGCCCCAGCACACCUGCCCGCCUGCUGCUCCGGAACUGCGACACCCUCCUCUUCGACUUCAGCACCUUCCUCCAGGAGCUGAUGGAGUUCCGGGCACGGCGCCGGGGCUCCCCGCACUACACCAUCUACCUGGGCUUCGGGCAGGACCUGGCGGCCGGGAGGCCGAAGGAGAAGAGCCUUGUCCUGGUGAAGCUCGAGUCGUGGCUCUGCAGGGCGUACCAUGAGGACGUGCAGCGCGAAGGUGUGUCCUCACUGGACAGCAGCACCCUCAGCCUCUGCCUGUCCAGCUCCAACAGCCUCUACGAUGACAUCGAUCACUUCCUCAUGGAGCUGGAGCAGCCGGCCUAAGCCGGCCUACCACCCUUGCUCAAAUUAAAAGGGCCUCAGAACUGA